CCCCCCUGGGUAUAAGGAGCCUCAGCCUGCCCCCCCGAGGCCGGCUCUUGAGUGAGGGCUGCAGCUGCACCCGCCCCGUCCUGCGGGCAGGAGGGGCCAUGCUGCAGCAGGGGGCGGGGCCUGUGGCCCAGGGGGCAGGGCUGGGCUGCGUGCGGGAGUUCACGCGCCACGCGGGCGACGUGCUGCGCAACCUGGCGGAGCUGCGGCGGCGCAGGGUGCUGACUGACAUCACCCUGGUGCUGCAGGGCCGGCCCCUGCCUGCCCACAAGGCCAUGCUGGCUGCCUGCAGCGGCUUCUUCUACUCAGCCUUCGCGGGCCCGGGGGGCCAGGAGCUGGGUGUGCUGCCCCUGCCUGGCAUGCUGCCCCCUGCUGGGGUCCAGGCCCUGCUGGACUUCAUGUACACGGCCCACCUACCCCUCACCCCUGCCUCUGCCCCCGCCGUACUCAGUGCCGCCACCUACCUGCAGAUGGAGCACGUGGCCCAGGCCGUCCGCAGCUUCCUGGCCACCAGCUUGGUCCACCCAACUGCUUCCCCACCCAGCCCCCUCCUGGAUCCUGGGCUGGGGGAGCAAGAGGGUGAGGGGUUCCCACUGGGGACACCUGAGAGCCCGGCGCGGGGGGAGGGGGCCCAGCCAGGGUCCCCCCGUGGCUCCAGCACUGGGGGCCCCCCCUCACCCCGCGCCUGCAAUUGGAAGAAGUACAAGUUCAUCGUACUCCCAGCCCAGCGGGGGGGGAGCCUGGACCCCCCGGGCCCUGCUCCAGGUCCUGCCCCUUCUCCAGGCCCUGCCCCCCCUGGACUGCAGGGGGAGGUGGGGCCUGGAGAGGAGACCCCCAGUUGGCUCCACUCCCCUUCGCCUGCCUCCCUGCUCUGCCCCCAUGGCCUCCCUGGGGCUCCCCAGCCCCCAGCAGGGCCCGGUCCAUACGGCGGUGGGGCUGAGGCUGGGGGCACCAGGCCCCUCGAGAAACCCUUUAAGUGCCAGCUGUGCCAGUCCGCCUUCCGCUACAAGGGCAACUUGGCCUCCCACCACACCAUCCACACUGGGGAGAAGCCGUAUUGCUGCGGGGUUUGUGGGGCCCAUUUCAACCGUCCAGCCAACCUGAAGACCCAUGCCCGCAUCCACUCAGGGGAGAAGCCCUACAAGUGGCUCACCUCCGUGCCCACAUCCUCAUUCACACUGGGGAGAAGCCGUACCCGUGCAAGACAUGUGGGACCCGUUUCCGGCACCUCCAGACCCUUAAGAGCCACAUCCGCAUCCACACGGGGGAGAAGCCCUAUCAGUGCGAGCCGUGUCAGCUGCACUUCCGCCACAAGAGCCAGCUGCGCUUGCACCUGCGCCAGAAGCAUGGGGCCGUCACCAACACCAAGGUCCGGUACCAGGUCCUGGCCGGGCCCUACACUGGCGCCUGCUGAGCUGGGCACAUGCGUGUGCAUGGACACAUCCACACCCCCUCCUCUGCACGCAGGCAUGCAGAUGUGUGGAUGUCUGUGUCACACGAGGGUGCCUCCACCUGUGGGUGCCCUUGUGCAGUUGCAUGUGUUCCUGACCAUAGGCUUUCACGUUUGUGUGUGUGUGUGUGUGUUCACAUGCAAGGGUGUGCCUCCAUGUUAAAGCAUGUGCAUUCACAUAAGCAUGUUUACC